UGCAUUAGUUAUAAUUAAUUCCACAAAAUUUUUCUCUCUUUUUGGAAACGGUGGAAAUUAAGCUUCUUUCACACGUUAACGCGAUCAAGAUGUAUACGUGAAACCUAGACGCGAUACCCACUCGGCGUAAGCGCCUACCUUCAGACGGAGUGGCAGGUAUAUCGACGUCAAGCGCAUAAUGCAAAUUAUUGAUAUCAACCAUAUCAACUGUACCGCCUGUGCCGCCUGUGCGUGCUCUCAACGGUGAAACGCUCAGGUGGAAGGAUAGGCGGCGAGUCGUUGGCAAGGGUGUCUAUUAUUUGCAUAAAACUAUUUACACAGCGAGAUGAAAGUAACAAAUCGACAGGGUGAAGAUGAAGACUGGCACGGUACGAGGUAACGCGGUGGUGAUACGGCGCUUUUAGAGGGACGCUUCUUGACAGACAGUCGUCGGGACCGUCGACCGGGCAGGCAUGUUCAGGUACCUCUGGGCCCUGGUGUGCUGGUACUUCAGGCCCCUGAUAAAAUGGUUCUUGCGCCACACCACGCAGAUGUGCGAGCUGCAGCGGAUUUGCUACGGGAAGCCGUCCGGCGCGCCGCGCGCCCUCGCCGUCGAGGUGACCCUCGGGCAGUCGCGCAACGUCAACAUCAGGACCCUCGUCGCUUACCUCAACGACGUCGCCGAUCGCCGCGGGAUAACGACGAAGACUGAGCGCAGGAUCCUCGAGGACGCCAUCAGGACGGUGCUGGUGACCAAGCGGAUCAACCCCACGGCGCAUCCGGACUUCGCCAAGUCGUUCGGCAAGUGUGUCGAGCUGAUCUGGGGCUACCGUCAGCUCUGCGUGGAGUGUGAGGAGCUCAGGAAGACGUCGUACAGCACGGAUAAUCCGGACCACGAGCAGAAGCUGCUGAAGCUGUGGAGCCUGCUGAUGCCAUACGAGCCCCUGGAGGCGAGGGUGACCAAGCAGUGGCAGGAGAUUGGCUUCCAGGGGGAUGACCCUAGGACGGACUUUCGCGGGAUGGGGAUCCUGGGAUUGGAGAAUCUCGUUUACUUUGCUCAAGAGUACCCCAGCAUGGCUAUGCACGUGCUGUCUCAUUCCAAUCACCCGCGUUAUGGGUACGCGUUUGCUAUAGUCGGUAUAAAUCUCACGAGUAUGGCUUUGAAAUUGCUGAGGGAUGGCAGCGCCAAGACUCACAUAUACAAUUCCUCGAAGACCCUGCCGACGAUUCGUGCCUUUCAUCAGUUUUACUGCUAUCUGUUUUACGAAUUCGAUGGAUUUUGGAUCGAGUCCAAGCCUAGCAAUAUGAUGGAGUUCUCGUCGAUACGAGAGAGGUUUGAGAACAGCAUAAGAACGGCGCUAGCUAAUCCAUCAACUGUUUUCAGAAUAAACAUGGCGGUUGACAAUAUUUAAUAAGAGUACGAAUUGCCUUUUAUUUGUAAGAGACAAGACCAAAAUGGCUAUACAAGGAAUAAGUACAAUUUUUUAGACUAGCGUACACGGAACUUUUGUUAUAUUUUUUCACAAUGCUGACUUUGUUGUGAUAUUAAAAUGGCAUUUAAG